GUGUGUGUGUGUGUGUGUGUGCACGCACGUGUGUGUGUGUGUGAGCGUGUGUGUGAGCAGGUGUGGGUGUGUGUGUUUGUGUGUGUGUGUGUGUGUGUGUGUGUGUGUGCGUAAUCUUUAGAAAAUAAACUAUAUUUCAGCAACACAAAGCUGAGUUCUUACUGAGAUGAAGAUGCUGCACUUGGCUACGGUUCUUCUUACACUGUCUGGUGUUUUCACUCAGAACAGAGACUGGGGUGUGAAAUAUCCUGAUAAACUGAUCUGUGCUGUGAGAAGAUUCAGUAUCUCUAUUCCAUGUUAUUAUUCUUAUCCACAAAACCAUCAGGUGAAACAAAAGCUUUGGUGCUCGAGGAAGUCAAACAUAGAUAAGUGUGAAGCCCCACCGUAUGUUUAUAACAGCUCAUUAAACACCAAGUCAGACUUUAAGUUCACUGGAGACGACAAAUCAGACUGUACUUUAUUAAUCCACAAUGUACAGUUCAGUUAUUCUGGAGUUUACAAAUUCAGAUUUGGUACUAAUGUGACCGGAGGUAGAUGGACAGGUGAACCUGGAGCGACUCUACAAGUUACAGAUUUAAAGGUGUCACUAAUCAGACUCAGUGGAAACGGAACCCUUAAACAAGGAGACUCCUUAAAUCUGACGUGUGAUGUGAGCUGCACACACACUUCCUCACAGUUUGUGUGGUCUAAGAACAACCAGAGUUUAUAUACAUCAGGACCCGUUCUUCACUUUCCUGCUCUAACCCUGAGGGAUUCUGGGAAUUACACCUGCACUUGGGGAACCGGUGAGACGUCAGGAUCUGAAACCAUCAGCCUUCACGUGGUGGAUGACACUGAAAAUCCUGAACGUUGGUUGAUGUGGGUCAUUGUUGGUGUGACUUCCGGAGUGAUUGUCGUCAUCACAGGAGCUGUGAUUCACAAAAGGAGGAGUGUCCACACCGAGCAGAAGAACAAGGAUGAUUCUGGUACAUACAACAACGUCCAGAAGGAUGAGGAUGAUUCUGCAAUCUACACCAAUGUCCAGAAGGAUGAGGAUGAUUCUGCAAACUACACCAACGUCCAGAAGGAUGAGGAUGAUUCUGCAAUCUACACCAACGUCCAGAAGGAUGAGGAUGAUUCUGCAAUCUACACCAACGUCCAGAAGGAUGAGGAUGAUUCUGCAAUCUACGCUAAUGUAUAACACAGUGAGCUGAUCACAGUUUCACACCUCAUGCUCAGCUUAAAAACUUGUCAAUUUCCUCUUUGCCUUAAAAUAUUAAACACAAACAUUUCCUGUAUGUUGCAACUGCACUUCAUUUCAUAAUAGAUGGCUGUUUAUUGUGUUAACGUUUCUAGUUUCGAUAACUUUAUGUAACAUUUCUAUAAGAUUCUGCAAGACUAUAAGAUUUAUACAGUUGUUUGAUGUUUUAUAUGUAAAUUAGAGUAGAAGUCUAUCCUCCUUUCUCCUGUAUGUUGUGCUCGAAGUGAGCUGCUACUCAACAGGAUGCAGUACGCACUGAUUUAGCACUGAAAUUUUCAUGAAGUUUCUAGUUAAUAUAAAACUGAUACACAAAAAAAUGAAACACAACCUGCAACACAACCAACACACACUUAUCUGUACACAUGGCAUAUUGAGUAAAUACUUCCAGCUUCUGUGUUAAACCACAUCUUUUACACUUACAGAACAAUAAAAUUGUGUUUAAGUUCUAAA